CCACUGCUCUACUUCUACGUCAUCAACAGGCGACGGUUUUUGUUGGUGUGUACAGGCGAAGGAAAAUGGAGUCGAACCCGACAAAUGAGCUAGCUCCGCUCUUAGCUCUCAUCGGUCCGGUUCUCAGUUCGACUCUUCCUGCGGAAUUCGAGCUCCAACUGUUUGAGCAGGUGCGGCUCAAGACGAGUUUGCUGCUGCGGCGGCGCAGGCUGCGGGAGCAGCGGGAGAGGCAGCGGCGAACGCGGCAGUACCUGCGCCGCAGAAGAGCCUUCCUGCUCUCAUCCCUGGCGGCUGCUCUCAGCCUCCUCUCCGCCACCGACACACAGACCGUGGUUCCGAAUCCGAAGCGCAGACAGAACUUUUGGACGAUGGCCCAGCGUUUCAACGAUGAUGAGUUCAAGUCUCAGUUUCACGUUUCCAGGUCAACCUUCGAUCAUCUCCUCCAACUGAUCGGUCCCGCGAUUAAGCGAAAGGAGACGACCUCCGUGGUCCCCAUCGAACCGGGCCGCCGUUUGGCCAUCACCCUGUGGUGGCUGGCCCGCUCCGGGGAGUACCGCGGUAUCUCCGGGUUUUUCGGUGUUGGUGUCGGCACCGUGUGUAGCAUCAUCCGGCAGGUGUGCACCACUAUUGUGGAGCGGCUUCUUCACCGCUUCGUGUCGCUGCCGAGCGACCAGCAGCUGGACGAGACCCUGCAGGCCUUCAAAGACCGCUGCUACCCGCAGUGUGCGGGGGCCAUCGGCGUGACCCACAUCCCCGUCACCGCCACCAGGAAGAACCCGGAACAGUACCUGAACAAGAACGGCUGGCACUCGGUCAUCCUGCAGGCUGUGGUGGAUCAAAACAUGUGCUUCACUGAUGUCCAUGCCGGCUGCCCCGGCAGCAGCAGCAGUACCACGGUACUGUCCAGUUCUAGCCUGUCCAUGAAGGCCGUGGAGAGUCCUGACAGGUACCUGUUCCCCAGAGAGAGGUCGCUGCUGUGUGACAGCGUGGAGGUCCCAGUCCAUCUGAUCGGUGACGUCUCCUUCCCCCUGAAGCCGUGGCUGAUGAAAGGCUACAGCAGCGAGGAGCAGCUGACCUCGGAGCAGCGCCGCUUCUCCUUCACCCUGUCGUCGGGUCUGUCUGUGGUGGACGCUGCCUUCGCUUGCCUGAGAGGACGCUGGCGGUGUCUCUUGAAGAAGGUUGACAUGGACAUGGCGCCAAAGAUCAUCACGACCUGCUGCAUCCUCCACAACAUCUGUGAAGUCCAAGGAGACCACUUCCUGCCGGAGUGGAACACCGAGGUCCGGCCUUUGGACGGUUCGGGCAGACAGCCUGACAUGGACCCCAGCGUCUCGGAAUCCUACGGCACCGCUGAGGCCAUGAGAGACACCAUCGCCUACAACCUACUGACCAUACUGCAGUUCUGACCACCUUCAUGUCUGCACUGGAGGAACUUUAUUCUCUUUUUAUUGGUUGUUGUAAUGGAGGGGUGUCAAACCUACGGCCUGUGGGCCUAAAGUGAAGACUGUGAACGUUCAUCUGAUUGACUUUUAUGUAUGAAAACAAAGAAGAAAAGACUGAGUUAUUUUUAGUGUAAUGAUGAUCCUGGUCCUGGUCCAGGUGGACACUCCUGUUCUAAUGUUUGGUGAUGUUUUAUUCAUUUUUUAAAGAAAAAACGUUUUUCUAACUUACUCCUUUGAAAUCAAAGGAGAUUUAUAUAAAAAAUACCUUUGAACACCUGAAA